UCGACGUAACAAUAAAAAGAGGGCGCUAUAAACAAUGGAGGGCGCCCGCGGGAAAUGAAUAUUCAUAUUAAAGUUUCCAGGGCAAUUUGCAUAUGAAACAAACAAACCGUAACUGGAACGUGAGCACUGCAGCCGCCAAAAAGAUUUCUUGCCGAUUUCUGUCGAUUUCUAACCGCUUAUUUGAUAUUUCUUUGGAAAAUAAACACCGCAGUGGACAGAACAGUCUCCUGCUGUUUAUCAGCAUGAGUUUCACCGGUGUUUUGGUCGCAGCUUUGCUGCUGGCGAUCUUCCCGACCGUGACCGACGGAAAAUACGUGGAAGGCGUUGUGGACACCAGCAAGGAUAUGGAAUUUCUGGGACGAUUUGUGUUUGAGCCAGGAGAGUACGGACAGCUGUGGUACGAGUUCAAGUACCCUGCGGAACUUUGCUGUUACCAGAUGAUAAUGUUCAAUGACGAAGAUAAUCAAUGGCCUUACAUCAGAGCCAAUGAAGACAAACUGACUUGCCUGCAGAAGAAGGCUCAGAUACCGUCCAACUACAACACUCAAAUCACUCUCAGCACGCCCUACAACUGCAAGAACAAGACUGAGAAUGGCCGAGAGUUGCUGGUCUGCUCAGGCACCCGUCACUUCACAGCAAAGCGCCCUCGCUGGUGGUUCAUCAACAUCGCCAACUGUAACGGCAUGAGCCCCCAAGAGGGGGUUCACAUCCAGUACAAACUCAACAUGACUAACGGAAUCCGUCCCCUGGACAAGCACUUCUCCGGCGACGAACGCUACACGUUGGAGACAAGUAUUGCCUUCACUGCGCUGUACUUUCUCAUGGCUUUGACUGGAACCUACUAUAAAUAUCAAUUGUCCAAGAAGCGCCUCCUGCACUCCACCUACCAGCUCUUCUUCACCUCCAUCUGCCUUCAGCUGGCCUCUCUCAUCUUGACCGUCGGAGCCCUGGCCAGCUUCGCCCAGGAUGGGAUCGAGAUGCCUGCACUCAAGACAACCGGACAUGUGAUCUCAGCAAUUGGCGAUGUCAUCUUUAUUCUGACGCUGAUGCUGGUCGGCAAAGGCUACACCAUCACGAGGGGCCGAAUCAGCACCAGCGGGAGUGUCAAGUUGGCCAUCUUCAUCAGCCUGUAUGCUCUGACCUAUGUCUUUCUCUUCACCUACGGUCAGUCCAACUUUGACCCCAGGGACGUCAUGUUCAUCUACGACAGCCCCGCUGGGAUGGGAAUCAUUGUGCUGCGUGUCUUGGGAGUUAUCUGGCUCUACUAUUGCGUGUUCUUCACCGUCAAAAACUUCACCCACAAGCUCAAGUUCUACGUGCUGUUCAUGCUCUUCUACUGCAUGUGGUUCUCCGCCGAGCCCGUCAUGAUCGGUGUGGCCAACGAGUUCAUCCCUAAAUACAUCAGAGCCAAGAUCGUGAGCGGUGUGUACUGGACCAUCACGUUUAUCGGACACAUGUACUUCCUGAUCCUGACCAGGCCGGACAAGACCAACAAGUACUUCCCGUACCACAUCAAGACCAACCAGGUCGCAGCAAUGAUUGUCGGGGACACAGACGAUGAGGAAUCCAACUUCACCAAUCCAUUCAUGGGAGCACCGCUGACACGUUCGCUCACCAACAUCUUUGUGAACACGUCCACACCGAAAGUCACCGUAGAUCCUCCUUACGACAACGCCGCAUCCAAACCAGUCGCCAGGACUAAACCAGUGGCCGGAGCUAGACCAGCAUCUGGAGCCAGACCAGGAAAACCCAUGGUCAACAACUUUGUCUCUGCCUCACUCCACGCUGUCUCCGAGUCCAACUCGAUUGAUGAUUUCAAGGACACCACUCCAGCCACCCCACCAAAGCUGGCUUCCAGAUUUGGGCCUGACUUCUCAAUUUUCUGCGUGGAAAAGUCCAAAACACAGCCAACUGCCAAUGUGAAGAUCGAAAACGAGAAACAGGAAAAUCCGGCUUCCAAGAAAGUCUCCCGACCAAAAGGCAAGAAACCGAGCAAGAAGGUUCGACCUCAGCAGGCCAUUUCCAAGACAUCUGCCGCUGCUCGCAUUCUGGCCGAGAAUGACCGUAAGACCACCGACCAGAAUGAUGGAGUCAAGCAGCAAUCCUCCUACGACUUGGAGUUCGUAGAGAUUCCUCUGGAUGACCUGACCAUAACUGACAUGUAAACAGAUUGCCUGCCCGACAGCCCAAGAUGCAAAAUCUUUCCGUCUGUUUCUUCUCUUGGUAGUGACUUUUUUUUUUUACUUUUUGAACUUGAAGCAAACCUAAAACAUCUUUUCUUUUCCUCAUAAAUAGAAUUUGAUUUAUUUUUCUGUGUUCAAUGAUAUGUUUGUUUCACUGUUAGAUUUAUUUCAGUCAUGUUCAAAUUCUUUCCAAAUGGUUGGUUUUUGGUGUUUCGACUCUGAUGUUCCCCCCCAAAAAAUGACAUCAACUUGAACAUGAUGGAUGAGUUUGCAGUAAAGCCAUUAACAAAGUUUGAUCAAGCCGGUCUGGUAGAAAGUCAAAAUCAAGGGCAACAGUUGAAAAAGUCAAGUUGAGGUCCAGCUGGUCUAAAUGACUGGGAAAAAUAUCAAGCAGGAAUGUCAAAGGUCAAAGGUGUUCCACUGGGUGUGUCCAGUGUCAUCCUCAAUCAGUUCAUACAUCACAGGUUUUUCUCUCCAGGAAGAAACAGCUGUUAUCAAUCUUUCAAAAUAGGUUCAAGACAAAUGCAGAGCAUAGAGUAGGACAGUCUUUCCGGUAUGUGACAUUCUUGUCAUCUUGCUCAACUCCACGGCAUGGAAAACAUGGUUGCUUUUCUCAGACAUUUCCACCUUAGCAUCAUCGCCACUCGGUUCACGGUUGCACAUUGGUGGCUCCUGGGUGGAGAGAAUUCAGCACUUACAGUAAUGUCUUACUCAGGGACACAAACAAUAGGAUUCAUCAAGAACUUUUACUUCAAAUUGUUUUGUUUUCGUCUUUUCUUUUCAUUUGUUUUUUUGCUUAAUAUCUUCAAAUUACAAGUUGUCAACAUGUGUUUUGACUCAUGGGCUGCGUUAGUGACUUAUUUUUAGGAGAUAAGUUUAUUUUGGUAGCAUGUUUUCACACAUACUACAAAAGAAUAAAUUAUAUUAUACAGCAUGCUAUUUUGGUUCUUUUUAUGUUUUUUUCAGUAAUUUUACUGGGUAAAACUUUCAACUUUAGCAAUCUUGACACAGUUAAUUCAAUCAAAGGAUUUCUUUUUCAUUUUAAACAACAAAGUUGAUCUGCUGCACUGACGACACCAAAGUUAGAUUUUUGUUCCUGAUUUCAUCCCCUUCUUGCACCCUAAUAGUCUAGCAUUACCGUCCGCUGAAGCAGUCUGGUCCAAAUUUGUCGAUUACUCGGUCUUUGCACCCCAAUCGACAUUUUGUCUGCCAGGUCUGCAGUGAAGUUUUUUUGUUUGGAAUUUAUUUUCAUCUUUGAACGCAGUGAAUUAGAUUAUUUUUUGUUCCCCUGGUUUUGAUUUGUUUUUUCAAAGUAGGUCAUUUGAAUUUUGCAAAACUGGUCCUGUUAUUUACCACAGAAAAAAAAGAAAAAAAAAUUGUCCACUUUCCAAACUUUUUGUUACAAAGUUGUCAGUGCAGCCUAUCAUUGAAGCAUACAAUCUUCACUCAGUUCAGAGCAAAGCAAUCUCUCUCUUGAGUUCCAUUUGGUUUUUCAUUUUGAAGUUACUGAUACAGCCCAUGACUGCACAGGUUUCGUCACGUGAAAUUUUAUUUUACAUUUUUCUUCACGUACUUAUUUUGUUUUGAUUUAAGUCAUAUGUUAGAUUCAUUUUCUUGAUGUUUUGUUGAAAAAAAUCGCCAGGAAAACAUCUUUAGGUUUUAAGUUUAUUUGUAUUUUUAUGUUGUCAACAUACCUACAGCAUUUGUGCAAUCAAUUUGAUACCAGAAGCGGUUUUGAUUUUUCAACACAAGCAGUCAUUGGAUAAAAACAGUUCAAAUUGCUAUGCUAUUUUUUAAUUUUUUGGUUUUUUUAAAAGUUGAACAAAAGGGUUUCUCAUUCGUGAUUUAACAGCUAUUUCUUCCUCGGAGGUUCUUGAAAUCUUAAGCUCUGGAAUAGGAUUUACCACUUGCUUGUUCUUCAGUUCACAAAGACUGGAAGGGGAUGACACUGGGGGAAGUCUAGAUGGUCUGAGAAAAACUUCAACUUGGGGGUCGUAAAAGUCCGUGUUUCAAAGUUGAGUCUUGCAACUGUCUCUCAGUCAGAGGAUCAAAGAUUGGCAGAAUCCUUUCGCAAGUCCACCAUUUUAAAAAUCUGUGCAGAGCGACUUGCACAGUCACGGAGGUUUCUGGGACCAAGUCCACAUCAGCAAGUCAGAUAACUUUGUGCGUCACAUCAGUUUGAGUCAUGAAGUUAAUGGCAACAGAAUGUUUGGGAUCAAGUCUGAGUUGUGACUGAGGUCAAACAUCCGAACUACCAAAUUCAUUUCAUUUUUGUUGACCAAGCGAUCAGAGUCCGCACGAAGACAACACCGAAAACUAAACAACACUUCCGUUUUUCUUCUCAGUGUGAUUAUAUUACAGGCAUGUUAAACUUCUUGUUUCUUUUGUUUUCUCCAUAAAUUUGCACAAACUUGCAUCUUGGGCUGUCGAAAACCACGGUCACCAGCAACAACUUGGUGACACGACUUAAUGCACAAACCCUUCGCCACCUUUCUUGCCACAUCAUAUCUCCAUCCUCAUCAAUAUGCAAUUUGGAAGAUUCACAGGGCACUAUUUCCAUUUGAAACCAGGAACCACUCUAGAGGUGCCUUUGGAGGUAAAAUACUCCUUGGAGUCGAGUAUCAAAUCUUAUCUUGUUUCACAUCCAUAUUCCCAAAUACAGUGCGUGUACAAUCAAGCAACUUCCAUACACGAGGCCAGUUGUACAUGUACAUGCAGCCACAUGGCACGGGGCAAGUGCAUCACAUUUUAUUCACAAAAAAAGUCUCACCGACUGACGCCAAGUACAUAUUGAAAACGGGACAAGCUUGACAUUAUGUCCAGAAAGAGUGAAGCGACACACAGCUUUGCACGCAGAGGUUGAUAUCCUCCUCACCAUGAAUUUCAGUGCAUGAAUUGAAUAGUCAGCAACAGAUAAAAGCUGCAACAGAUAAAAGCUGACUAUUUUGAAUAUACAAAAAACCAUGAUUGGUUACCAUACAGCAGCAGCGUUCUGAUAAAGUUUGUUGAAAAUUCAAAGACUUCCCAGAUGGAAGCAGCUGGAUAAGAAAUAUUCAGUGACUGAUUCAAUUAUUGGAAAAAAAUUAUUUGAAACUCUGUGUAGGACGACAAAAUGAAUUUCUGAAAUGCAUUCUUCUCAAGUCGCAAAAAAAAGGCAUUAUUGUCAAUCACAAAGGAAACUAAACAUAAAUACGGAACAAAACUGAUAGGAUUAAUCCCUUAGCUCUUCGUACUAAUUGGAUCAAACUUGUAAAAUUGAACUUGUAAAAUUGAUCAUCAUGAAAAUCACGGAAAGUAAUUGAUAACACACUGAAAACAAAUUUGGCUAUUCACAAACACUGUAUCUAAUUCAGACUUACUCGCAGCAAGGAAAAGAGUGCCAAGAAUUAUCACUGUAAAACAAGGAAAGUACCGGUAACCGAGUUUUGCCAAAGUAAUCUGACAGUGGGAACUUCCAGCUCUCACAGCAAAUUUCAUAAAACCAACAUAUUAGUGGAAGUAUAAUCAUCUAGGUCGUUCAACUUUAUUUACAAAACCCGGGACAAAAAGAAACAUCUGUAAGAAUUUAUCUCUGUAUAAUGAAAUAACAAAAACAGCUAGAAUUUCUGUCAGCUCAUAAAGAAGCUGUGAGGUUCGAGAUGAACCAAUAAAAUAACUGAAAACCGA